AUGACGGGCAGUGUCGUCGUCCCCGCCCAGACCGUACUGGGAGCACCCCGUGUUAGGAGGCUCUCGUACACCUGCGAGCAGCCGCCGCCGCCUCUGCCCCCGCGCCGCAAUACCCUCGCCGUCGCCCCGGGUCAGCAACCGCAGCUGGGCAAGAAGCUGCAGUUGAUCGCAAAGAAGCAGCUGCUGUCGGUCGGCCGCUCUGCGCCCACAACACCCACCCAACCCCAAGCCCAGUCCCAGAAGAUGGACUCGCGGUACCACCGCCCGUCCUCGCCCCGGGGCCGCAUGAGCAACCCUGCGAGGUCGUCUACGGGCACCUUCGACCCCUACUACGACUCCAAUUACUACGCACGCCCCAGCUCUCCGAGAACAAGCGCCGACAGGCUCGGGGGGUCGCUCUACCCGCGAGACAGCUACAUCACAAGUAGUUCCUCGUCAGGCUCCCGCUCGUCCAAGCCCAAGUACGACUCGUACACGGGGAGGCCACGGCGCAACACCCUCAACGAGUCAGACGAUCGCUUGGUCCGGCCCCACUCGAUGCUCACCCCCUCUGCUGCGCUUCCACUCCGCACGCACGUAGCCCAUGUCAGCGACCGGCCAUCCAGUCCGUUGGCGCGAUCUUGGGAUAACAGGGCAGAUCCCUACGUCUCCCAGGCAUCUCCACGGACGACAGCCCACAAGAGAAUAUACAGCGUGGACGACGGUAGCCAUUCGGCAAAGCUGAUUGCAGAGAAGGACAUCAUCAAGUCCAGCCACCGAGACUCUCGUGACUACAGCGUCACCAGUGGUAGGCAGUCCUACCACCAGCACAAGCCCUUGGUCAAGGCCACGGAUUUUGGGGCCGAUGGCUUCUCCUAUACCGACCCCGAAGCCAUGUAUCGCGAAACCGAGCCAGCGUGGCGUCGGCCCCGCGCCAACAGCAUUGAACGCGGUGCGCGUCCAUCGAGCGUCGUGCUAGAUCGCGGUCCUCGCACCUCCACUCGAGAACUCGGACCACCUCCAUCUACCCGUGGAUUCGACAAGAUCAACGGCGUCACCAGUCGUCACCACGGCAGGUCAUCCUCUAUCGAGCGCUCUCGGGACAUUCCCAAGUACGACUCCUAUCCAGAUGCUGCACCUUCUCGAACCUCGUCUACUCGGCACCAUGCUCCCGCCAUCCAUCAAGAGCCACGCGAACACCGGCGCGAACCGUACCGCGAUGAGUACGACGACCAUCCCCGGGAUAGGGAUCUUGAGAACCGCCGCUACGCGGACCGGUUCGAGGACCGCGAUGUUCCCACCCGCGGCUUCGGCAUUGCGCCCGCUGCUCAUGUACGCGAGCCCUCUCUUGAUCGCCAGCCAAUCUACAACACGAACCCUCCGGAGGUCAGUCGAGGACGAGCUGAGGGAUACGGGAGUCAGUAUUACGCUCCGGAUCGCGCCGACGCGAGAAUGCCGGAUCCUAGGAUUCCGGAUGCGAGGAUUCCGGAUGCCAGAAUCGCCGACGCCCGUCCACGCGAACGCGAUAUUGCCCCGACUUACGAGGAGCGCCCGCGCGAAAGGGCACCUCGAGAUAGCAACCAGCCCGUUCCUAGCGCUGCCCCCAUCGUGGCAGGCGCUGCUGCAGGUGCCGCUGCUACGUUCGGUGCUGCUCAUGUUCUGAAAUCCCGGGAUAAGGAGCGAGAGCGAGAACCAGAGCGUGAUCGCGACCGCGAACGAGACCGAGAUCGAGAAAGGGAGCGAGAUCGGGAACGGGAUCGUGAGAGGGAAAGGGAACGCGAGAGGGAAAGAGAGCGUGAACAGCGCAAGGAGUACGACGAACGCGAUCGGAGGGGGAGAGGCUCCGAUGAGCGAGAGCGUCGUACGGACAGGCGCGAGGCUGUUCCAGAAGAACGCCAGGACCGACCGUCCCAAGAACGCGUGCCGCCGCCACCUCCUCCCCCUGGUGCUUAUCCCUCCAACCCACCAGAACCCGAUCGCAUUCCUCGGGACCGCGUCUAUGAAGACGAGGAGCGCGAUAGGCGUGAGAGGCGAGCCCGGAAGGCACCAUCGUCUGAGGGCAGUGGUGAUGAGCGGCCCCGUCACUAUGUCGACCGCCAGCGUAAGCCGGAGGCACCUGUGAAGGAGGCUGCACUCGACCCGGAUGAGGAGUACAGGCGCCGCAUCCAGGCUGAGGCUGAACGAAGCGGCCGCGACAGGGAUAGUGGCGAUUCUGACAGAGAGCGAGAGCGCCGACGACGAAGAGAGGAGAGGGAGAAGUCCCGCGAACGCGGAGAGGACUACCGCCCUCGCGAGACGAGAUCGAACGCAGACGAGCCGCUACACCCACGCUACGAUGAGCGCUCUGCUAGCGUUCUUGACAAAGAUAUUGUGCAGGAGCCCAGCUCCAUGGCAGACCAUGACCCACCAAGCAAAGGUGUACAGAUCGUAACGCCACCCAAGGAGGCGGCACCCGCCCCCAAAGGUAUCCUCCGCAAACCGACCGAGAAGUUCCCCGAAGACCCCGAGCCCAUCCGGGAGGGUGUUGCUCCUCACAAGAGCCAACUGAAAGGCAAAGACAUCCCUCCCAAUGCGCGCUGGACCAAGAUCGACCGGCGCCUCGUGAACCCGCAGGCACUCGAGGAAGCCAAGGAGCGGUUUGAAGAGCGUCUCGACUGCGUUAUUGUGCUGCGCGUCCUGACCAAGGAAGACAUCCAGAAGCUGGCCGAUCGCACCAAGAAGAUUCGCGAGGCUAGAGAGGAUGAGUACGAGCGCGAUGAGCCGAGGGAUCGGGACCACGAUCGCCACAGCCACCAUGGACAUCGGGAGGAUGAUAGGGAGAGGAGACGCGAGUAUGAUGAUUAUGACAGGGAGUACGAUGGUAAUGAAAGGGAUAGCGAUCGUGAGCGGGAGCGGGAGAGGAGGCCGAGGGCCAUUGAGGCAGGGAGGUGA